UUUACGCAGAACAUUCUCUUUAUCCAUCCCAAAAAAUGUCACGCCGAUAAUAUUUUUUCAUCAAUAAAAUUUUGAGGGGUUUUUUUCUCAUUCCUAAUUUCUCGAAGGAAGAGAACUUUUUUUUUUGGUAUAUAAACUUGUCUACCGAUGCCUACGCAAACAAGCAAGAGACAUUCGGAGAAAGGGGCAGCGAGCCGGACGGGAGAAGUCGACAUUGCAAACGCCUCCUGGAAGGACAAGUUACAUCAAGCCAUUGACAAUUUAGCAGAAAGUCGGACAAGUACGCGUGAGGAAGCGCUCUCCUUAGUGAUUGCCCUGCUGACCCGUCACUAUGCUGCUGACACACUGGAAUCCCGAAACGAGGAAUUGUUGUUGGCAUUGCGACGAUCGCUAUGCAAAGCGCACAGUGUACAAGAGGCAUGUUUAGCCUCCAAAGCCAUUGCUCUCACAUUCAUUCAGCACGGUGAUAUUUCCAUGGGCGAACAAGAGGAGUACCUGCAGCUUGUUUUACCGGCCCUCAAAGCGACAGUCAGGAAUAGCGAAUCCAGCGAAAUUAAGGUUCAUUGCAUGCAAACAAUGGCCCUUGUCAUUUUUAUUGCAGCUUCCGACAUUGACAAACAGUUGAUCCGCGAUUUCAUCUUUGAUUUUAUUGAAACCGAAGGCGAGGCCUUCAGCGUCGACGACCUUUCCUCCAAUGCUAUGGAUCAGUUGAUGUGUGCGGCUGCCAAAGCCUACGGACUUUUGUUUAUUGCCUCAUUUUGUGAGGGCGCCGUGGAUAUUGAAAUCCUUUGGGAAGAAAUGGAAAGAGUGAUGCCUGUGCAUGAGAUUUUGUUAGAGUCGCCCGACAAGAAUGUGCGUUCUGCCGCAGGCGAAAACAUUGCGCUUAUUUUUGAGACGCUGAGGGUCAUGACAGAAGAUGAAGAGGAAGAGGCGGACGAAGAAGACGCCAUGGAGAAACGGGAAUACGACAAUAUGGACGAGUUAAUUCAUACUUUACGUGAUCUGUCGGUCGACAGCAAUCGUCGACGGAACAAAAGCGAUCGUGCAGAGCAACGGUCCCUCUUCAGAGAUGUAGUACGGAGUGUGGAGGAAGGCGAACGGCCAGUAGAAGAACUCAAAAUCCACGGAAGGACCAUUCCAUUCCGAGGCUGGUCUAAACUGUUGCCGUUGAAUACAUUCCGAUCCAUAAUGGGCCAAGGAUUACAGUUCCACUUCAAGACCAAUAAUUUGUUUCGUCAAAUCUUCCAUUAUUCCAUGCCUAUGUCCUUCAGUAGUUAUCGCGAUGAUUCAGACGACGAAGAACCGGAUCAUGUUGAUCCUAGCCAGAUCAGUAACGCGGAUAAACAUUACAUUUACAGUGAAAGCAAGAAAUUACGGUCCAAACGACUACGAAACGCUCGCAUAGCGAGGGAUAAAUCACAAUUAUAGAGCAAGACUGACGCUGGCCCGUCCUUUUUUUUUUUUUUUUUUUGGUUGGUUGCAAGAAUGUCAUCUCAUUUUUGUUCAUAUACUGUCAUUCUCAAUAACUAUAGAUGCGCAGUAGAUCAAUAAAGAAAAAAAUACCUCGAC